AUGUUCAUCCAGCACCUUGCGGAUGAGUCGCAUACACAGGCAAAACUGGAGCGUAAACCCCGGCGAAACAUCCAGUAUAAGGAUGUUGCCAACGCAGUAGCACGUCAGGACCACCUCGAGUUUCUCGAGGACGUUGUUCCAAAGACCGUGCCAUACAAGGCAGUGAAAGCAGCAGCCAGUGAAACCCAGGCUCGUCUGCGUGGUGAAACCAAGACUGAUGAGAGCCAGGCAGCCGCCUCUAGCCAGUCCCCGGUCGCCACCACAAACGGCAAUGGCCCCAAUGGAAAGACGGGGACACCUUCGGCCGCCAAGGCUGGUAACAAUGCUGAUGGGAACCCAAGCGACCAGCUGGAGCUAGAGAUGAGGCAAGCGCAUGGGUCAAAACAUGACGCGGACGUUCAAAUGACUGGAUAG